UGCAUUUGGCGCGCUUGACCAUUCUCCUCGCUGCCUUGCUCUUGAUUUGGUGUCGUCAUCGUGAACCUGAACCACCACCGGCACGCGCCACUACCAUGAUGCCAGACGCCCGCCCACCCGACGUCGACCUCGUUGUUGCGUUCAGGGCAGCGAAGAAGACCUCAUUGUCGAAGCAACAAACCCGGGAAGAUGCGCGGAAAGCUGAGCAACAGUACCAGCGACUUAUCAAGACUCUCACGUACGCUGGGCUGAAGGCGGUGGGGCGGAGAGGGGAGUCAUUGGGCCAUCUUCUGGUUUUCGUGACAUGUCCUCCGAGCCAUGUUGAAGAGCUGGUAAAACGAGAGCGGCACUCUGACUUUCUUUCAGGUUUACCGGUCACUCCAGUGGCAAAUAUCCUCCCUUUAUCCCCCGCAGACCGUAUACGACUCGUACAUGCUUAUAUUACGUCUACUCCCUCUGACGGAGGGCUUGGGGUAUCACCAGAUGCACCUGAUUGGGACCUCGUCGAGUUCAUCUUCCCUCUGCAAGAUCGCGAGUUCAACGAGCAUUGGGUGCGGGCAUGGAAACCUCAAAGCAUUGCUUCUGUGCAACUCGAACGAAUACGCGACCAAUUCGGGGACUCACUUGCCUUCUACUUCUCCUUCCUUUCUUGCUACACCAAAUUCCUCGUAUUCCCCGCCAUCUUGGGCCUCUUGGGCCACUUCAUCCUUCCUCCAUAUUCGCCACUCUAUUCAAUUCUGAUUGCCCUCUGGUCCAUAGUGUUUGUGGAGUGGUGGCGUGUGCAUGAGCGCAUCCUUUCCUUGCGGUUUGGCACGCGGGGGUCGUUCAAGGUGGAGAAACGUCGUGCGCAGUACAAGCAAGGGAUGUCGUGGUGGAACAAAGAGCUGCGCAUACUCGCCAGCAUUCCCGUCAUCAUGGUGUUCGCCGGGAUUUUGUCCGCAAUCCUCACUGGUAUAUUUGUGUUCGAGGCGUUCAUCACCCAAUUGUACGAAGGCCCAGGAAAGAAAAUCAUCGCAUUUUCUCCGACCCUCCUUUUUGUGGCGCUGGUCCCUCGAGUGCUCGCCGUCUAUCAAGCAAUAGCCGUCAGGCUUACAAAAUGGGAAAACCACGCUCACAAGUCGACAUACAAUGCCUCGCUGACGCUCAAGACGUUCGCACUUAGCGCGAUUGUAGCCUAUCUCGGGCUCAGUCUAUCAGCGUUCGUUUACGUGCCGUUCGGCGAAGGUGUCAUGAGAUGGGUCCAGGCAUGGCUAUUUGGAGGAGCGUCUACCCAAAACGGAUUCACCGCCACACUUCGCGAUAUGCUCAAUGGCACCGUGCCUACGUCGGGAAGCUCUGAGGUCUUCACGCAAGGUCUUACUGGGGCGCCGGAGAAGGCGUCUGUGUGGGACGCGAACACCGCCAAUGUGCGUGCAAAGCUGAAUCCAGGACGGCUGCGGGAUCAGAUGUUCGCGUUUACGGUGACCAACCAAGCCGUCAAUACUUUCCUCGAGGUUGGCUUGCCGUUCGUGCUGCGGUGGGUGGACGAUUUCCGGAAGAAGAAAGUCAAGGCAAAGAACGGCUCGCCAGUGUCGUCCGCCGCUUCGAGUGUAGGCUCGGAUAGUGGGAGCAGCGUCUUGAAGAAGCGGGUGGUAUUCGAGGAUGAGCAGGAGCGUGGUGGGUUGGAGGAGCGCGCGUAUCUCGACAGCGUGCGUGAAGAGGCCGCCCUGCCGGAAUACGAUUUGUUCGUGGAUUACAGCGAGAUGGUCAUUCAGUUCGGGUAUGUUGUACUUUGGUCGACGAUUUGGCCAUUAGCCGGAGGUAUGGCUUUUCUGAACAAUUUGCUGGAGCUGCGCUCGGACGCGUUCAAGAUGACCGUCCAUGUUCGACGACCUAUCCCAUCACGGACUGACACAAUUGGACCGUGGCUCGACGCUCUGACCUUCCUCACCUGGCUCAGCGCCAUGACGAACUCAGCCCUCGUAUACCUUUUCUCCCCACAACUCCUUCCCAGCGCAACCUCAUCGUACCCUACCUCCAAUGUUAUUCCAGAAAACACGUCACCUGCAGAUAGCAGCAAGCUGCUCGUAGAGGAACAUCUUGUCUCUGCCGCUGAUGGCUCUACCUCAGGUUGGAGUGUUGACAGCUCAUCUUCAUCAACAACGAUGGCAGCCACGAAGGAGCUGCUUCUCACAGCAAUCCUCGUCGCACUCGUCGCGUCACACGCCUUCAUCCUCGUCCGCUUCCUCAUCCGGAACGCCGUCGAGAAGGUGUUCUGGCGAGGCAGUAAUGCGGUACAGGAGAGGGAGCGCGAGGAUAGGGAGGUGAAGAUUAAGUUCUUGAAGGGGAGCGCGGGAGCGCUAGGAGCAGAACAGGUUAUCAUUGAGCGAGAGGUUGGCGAUGGUGGUAGAGAGGGUGAAGAGAGUGCAAGGGAUGAUAUGGGCUUUUGGGAACAUGAUGAAGGCCUCGAAGAGAUUCGCAGGAUAUCCAAAGAGGCCUAGA